CGCCGCCGACGAAAUUUGACAGCCUAGAAAGAGGUUACGUUGAGCGGCGACGUUGCGGGUUUGACUACAUUUUAUUAAUUGACGAUAUUAUGGCCGGUAAUCUUAGUGACAUGUCGAAAAAAUCGAAUGAAAAAAAUCUUUACAAUCCACGAUUGGCAUUAUACAAAAAUCUGACAAAAACAAGUAACGGCAGAGAUGAUUCGCCACAGGAGAUUCGACGGCAACGUUUACUCUGGGAGCAAAAAAAAAACAGAGAUGCCACCUUCGACUCGGGCCGAGCUCUUUUGGACGAAGCGUUGCAGGGCAGUGACUGCAACGACGAGAGAAUGGAGGUGCAACAAGACGAGACCUGGCGGUGUAACAGGCGGGUACCGCAGUAUGCAAAUCAGCUCAUGAUGUCCGAAUGGAUGUUGGAGAUCCCUUCUGAUCUCUCUGAAAAAUGGCUUAUGGUUCCAUGUCCCCAAGGACGCAGGGUUCUUCUUAUUGCGAGUAAGGGGGCAACAACGGCUUACAACAAAAGGGGUGUUAGACUUGGGAAAUUCACCUCGGCUCUACCAGGAGGCACUUAUCAGGACUAUAAAAAUAGAUGCACAAUACUCGACUGUAUUUGGGACAAGGAUACUAAAACCUAUUACACCUUGGAUGUCUUGGCUUGGUCUAAUCAGCCACUUCUCGAUUGCGAUACAGAGUUCAGGUUCUUUUGGUUGAAGACACGGUUAGAAGAGACACAGGGACUCGCUGAGAGAGGCAGCCUGGUCAAUAGCUACCCUAUUCUCUCCCUGCCAAAUUAUCCCUGCGAUUGUGAUGCUGGUGCAGUUUUAGAAAACUUAUCAUCACUCCCUCCCCUCGACGGAUUACUCUUCUAUCAUAGAGAGGCGCAUUAUACGCAGGGACGAACACCCCUGGUUAACUGGCUGAAACCGUUCAUGUUAUCCGACGUAUUUGGGUUUCAAUUUCCUCCAGACAUUUACGAGAAGCCACCGGACUACGUAGACAUCAAAAGUUACAUUCGAAAGAAUAAAACAACUCGAAGAAAAAAUAAAGGACCUGACGAAUCGAUGGAAAUUAUCAGUGCAGAAAAUCUGGUCGAAAUGGCCUGAAGCUCAAGACAUGAAAACUCUGAAGUAUACAACACAGGCAGUUUUAGUGUAGACAUUUUACCAAGAAAGAUGAGUUUCGUAACUGACAAUUUUUCACGAAAUGAUACAGGUCUUCAUUAGAGGACAGGAAUUACAAUCAGAGGAGGUAGAAUUGACCAUGUGGCUAAUUUAUAUGCGAUUGACUGUUCAGUACAAUGGACUAGGUUUAUUUUACGAAUAAAUAAUUCUUAACACGAUGCUUGUUUGACGUAAACGACUAAUUCUCAUUUGAUUGUCGGA